CACCACCACCACCACCACUACCAACACCAGCACCGUCGUUUGACAUGAGGAUGCCUCGUGCUCGACCCGCCAGGCGUGCGGCGGCGAGGCCUCCUUUCUUCGCCGCAAGUGUCUGUCCAGACGGGCGUCCCGCAACUCUUGUCACACGGCGCCUCCCACCGCUGCGAUUGGACCAUUCCACGAAACCUGCCCCGAGCUCUCGCCCACACGUGAAUUGGGGAUUUGCCAAUUGGCAUGGCCAGCAGUGGCUGCUGUCGCGGCUGGCCAAAGACGAUGGCUUGACGAGAAGCGUGCCCUGGUUUGAUGAGCGGGCCUACACGAGCCAACCACGGCAGGACGCCCGCCAAUCCCUUCUGGACCCAGAGAUCUUCGGCUAGACCAGAAGAGACUCCCCUGGCCCCGGAGCAACAAGAAUAGCUGGACGUGCCUGGUGCCUGGUGCCUGGCGCAUGCUGCGUGCGGUCCUGCUAGCGCUGCUGCUGCGACACUUCGCAGUGCCGCGCUACUACUGCGACGACGACGACGACUACUCCAAGCUAGACCGAGCUUUUCGCCGGACAUCCGGCAUGGGGCGUUGUACACGCCCCUCCCAUCCCCCUUCCCGCCUGUGCCUUCUAAGCAGCGCUAGCACUGGCCCGGCCUUCAUCUGCGCUAGUCGUAUUCCUCAUUUAGAUUCACUCCUGGAAUGGCGCCCAUGGCUUUGGCCCUCCCUUUUAAUGCGCCCUCCGUCGUUCGUCGCUGUUCUACGGCCUCUCUUGCAUUCUUCCACUUCGUCUUUCACCUCUGGUCAAGCCCCGUGGUUCACUCUUUUCUUAUGGUCCAACUACUGUAUCGCUUUUCGUAAGAUACAGGCGCUCGCUCAGCAAACACACAUAGUACACUUUCCUUAAUUGCUCCGUUUUCAAUCUUCCUCUCGUUAUGCGUUCCGCCCUCUUCGCUGCUGCGGCAGCCCUGAUGGGCUCGGCCUUCGCCGCCCGCGACACCAUCUCGGUCACGGGUGCGACGACGGACGGCUUGGUCGGCGUCCGUCGCGAACUCACCGAGCUGGCCACGGACACCGACGCCUUCAACCUCUACCUCCUGGCCAUGAACCGCUACAUGAAUGCCGACACUAGCGACGUGCUCUCCUUCUACCAGGUUUCUGGCGUUCACGGCGUUCCUUGCCAGCCGUGGUCUGGAGUUCAAGGAAACCAGGCCGCCAUCAGCCAGGGCGGUUGCGGCUACUGCACGCACUCGUCGACUCUGUUCCCCGCCUGGCACAGAGCUUACGUUGCCGCGUACGAACAGGGCUUCUACGAGCAAGUCCAAGGCGUCAUCAGCGACUUCGCCAGCAACCCUACGCAGCAGGCUAUCUUCCAGAAGGCCGCCAGCGGUCUUCGCAUUGCUUACUGGGACUGGGCCGCGGCUGCGUCUGGCAAGACCGUUCCUUCUAUCCUCAUUCAACCCAAGGUCACCGUUCCGUCCCCGAGCGGCGGCAGCCAGACCAUCGACAACCCCUUCUAUCAGUACAAGUUCCAAAUCCUUACCCAGGCCUCGACUGGUGGCGCGCCAUGGAUCAACUGGCCAGAUACCGUUCGUUGCCCCGACAGCUCUACCUCGGGCAGCGAUCUCAACACCAUGGUCAACAACAUUCAGUCUGCAUUCACCAACAUCCAGGCCCUCACGUACAAGAUGCUUCUUAACUGCGCUCAGUGGGAGGAGAUGGCUGACGACAGCGCCGCCACGAGCAGCGAAGGCUGCUCGGCCGGUCUCGAGAGUAUUCACGACCAGGUCCACAUGAACAUUGGUGGCAAUGGCCACAUGGGUGACCUCGGCCACGCCGGCUUCGACCCAGCAUUCUGGCUUCAUCACGCCAACGUUGACCGUCUGCUCGCGCUCUGGCAGAUCGCUCAGGACAAGACAUGGUUCUCGCCUGGCUUGAGCGGUGUCGCUACCUACACCACCCCCGCAAACGAACAAGUCGACGGCACAUCCCCUCUUACUCCUUUCUACAAGGAUGCUAGCUCGCAGACCUUCUGGACUCCUAACGAGGUGGAGGACUGGACCACGUUCGGCUACACCUAUCCCGAGGUCAUGAACGGUCUCUCAACCGACAAGAGCUCCGUUAUUUCGGCCAUCAACUCGCUCUAUGGUACACAGACCAUCCCGCCAGUCAACUCGGGCUCCUCGUCUUCGUCCUCGUCCAGCUCGGCCAUUCCAAGCGCGACGCCUUCCUCUCCCUCCAAGCUCACCAACUCCAGCAUCAGCAGCACCCCCGCCUCCGCGGCCGCGUCCUCGAAGCCAUCAUCCGGCAGCUCGAGCGGCUCGACGAGCCUCACCCCUCUGCCGAGCAACCUUCCCUCGCUUCUCACCCCGUCUGGUCGUACCUUCGAUUGGUCCUGCAGCAUCGUCGCCGAGCGCAUGGGUCUUGGCUGCUCUUUCUUCGUCUACAUCUUCUUCGGCGACGUUCCUGCGGACAGCUCUACUUGGGGCUCUGCUUCCAACCUGGUCGGCUCGCACGGCUUCUUCGCAUCGACAACGAUGACCGCUACCUCCGGAUGGCUCAGCUCCGGCUCUGUGGCUCUGACGCCAGCGCUCGUUGAGCAGAUUGCCGUCGGAAAGCUCAAGAGCCUUGACGCCUCCGUCGUCGAGCCAUUCCUCCACCAGAAGCUCAACUGGGCCGUCAAGAAGGUCAACGGCGAGGUCGUUGACGCUAGCUCUGUCCCUGGCCUUGAGAUCACCGUUGUGCUUACCAAGCUCGUUCCACCUGCGAGCAGCAACAGUGCCCCAACCUGGGAGGUUCCUCAGUCUUUCACCAAUGUCACAUCAGGCCUGUCUGGUGGCUAUUCUGGCUGGACCUACAACUCUGGCUACAGCUCUGGUUCGAGCUCCGGCUCGAUGUCCGGCUCAUCGAGCUCCCCAGACACUGGUUCGUGCAUUCCUCAAGUCAAGUACGUGUACGAGUAUGUCUACGUGUAAAGACACCUUUCCCACGCUGCAAAUUCGUUGGGACGCAAUGGAGAGUUGUAAUGUGUAAGCAUAAUCUUGUCAAAUUCUCGAGCCAAGGCACAACAAAACCGAUGAAUCCAAUUUCUUCGUUUCUUCACGUAUUUUCAUUUCUUAGGGGACGACUCCUUCAUUCCGUUCGCUUGCAUAAUGCGACAGAGAAGCCGCGUUUGAAUAUUAAGCAUUGUCCACGCUCGACUAAAUCUGCAACGAAGACAUGUUUUACGUUCAUUCUCUCUUCGUCCCUUUUAUUAGAGCUUUGUAGAGAUGAGUGUUUCUUAUCGUUGAAAUUGACUCGAUGCUACGGCUCUUCGCGUCCAAGUUUCCAUCCACAUCUUGGACGACCCAGAGAAUCGCCUUCACGCCGCUCUCCCACAAACCCGUUGCAAUGCAGAUUUGUUGACCUCGUAGAUGUUCUCUUUUGAUCGUAGACUUCACCCGCCAGUGGUAUAAAAGGUUUCACGAGCAACGAGAGGCGUCAUCACGACAGCAAGGGACUGGCCAUUGGGUCAGCUACAUCGUCUUCCGUCACGCAAUGAACCACGGUGUUGUUUCUUGGAGCUUUCUCAGCAGCUACGAUCAUGCUAAGAAUCUCGUAUACGCACGAUCGAUAGCGAAAGCAGACUUAAACGUGGAUCGCGACCGUAACGUCUGUGUAAAACUCUUGACCUGCAUAAUUCAACGAACGAGGUUCCCCUUCUGCGCAUCCUUCAGCAACGCAUACUGUGCAGUUUGGCAUCCGAAAGCCAGCCAAAGUCAUUCUUCGUCUCAGCGUACACGGAACCGCUCUCGUGAACUUGGGUCGCCGACCGUCCAAGAACAUGCUCGGCAUCGUAUCGUCGAUUUCAGAUAUUCGCCCGCAUCCGUCAUGGCCGGAUAUUCGACCUGAAACCGAUGUUUUUCACAGGGAGAUGAUGUGCUCUGAGCCUGGACUUGUCUACGGCGGGUGGGAAAAGCGGUCAGUAGGCUGCUUGUCAAAUCCAGCCUUGCCUGGUGCGGGGUGCCGCGAACGUCAGGUCGUGUGUAGCGGCGGUUUGAAUCCUGUGCAGAGUCGAGAUCCCUAACCAAGUCGCCUUCCGCGAAGCCGUUUUGGAGCAUGGGAACGACGCCAUUUGUGCGGGCGAUCAAACGGGUCCAGAGCAACGCGGCGGAAUCGGGGUCUCAACCCGGAUCGUGUGCGUGUGGGUGUUCUGUUCGGUAAGGCCAUGGUCGAAUUUUGUACUGGAUACGGCUC